AUGCCUUCCACUACAGACGAACCGCAAUCCUCCCCUCCGUCCAAAACACCACAGCGUGCAUCCUCGUUCUUCACAUACCCGGUUCAAUACGCCGUUGGGGGCAUACUGCGACGACUGAACUCCGAAACAAGUCCGCCUGCAAUCACGACCACAACCGUGAACGAUACUCCAAACAGACGACAAUCGCAGUUUGCACCGACAGCAAACUCCCUUUCACAUUCGCUUGCCAGUCUUGUGUCGAAUACAGCAAGGUCCCUCUCUUCGUCCACAGCAGACGCAGGUGAAGAUAUGCACGGCGCCCUCCACAACCCACACCGCACAGCGAGCCCCUUCCAACCGCCACCACUUACACCACUGAGCUUGCAAGGAUGGAAAGAGGGAAUGCGGGAGAGCGGGAAGCUGCUGAAUAAGGCAUUAGCAGAAGAGAUUAGGCUACUGGUGCCGCCGAGACUGCAGCUUGUAGAUGAAUGGAGCUUGAUGUACAGCCUGGAGCAGAAUGGCGUCAGCCUGGCUACCCUGUACAAGAAGGCAGACGACUACAGAGGGAAGAGGGGAGGAUUCGUGCUUGUGAUCAAGGACGCCGGUGGUGGUGUGUUCGGCGCAUACCUCUCUGAUGCACCACACCCAUCAUCACACUUCUACGGCAACGGCGAGUGCUUUCUAUGGAGAGCACUUGUCCUCACAUCUCUACCUGACCUCGCAAACCUUCCGCCGCCACCCAGUGCAGACACUACAAAUGCGAUUAGAAUGACGACGAUCGCGACAGCGAAAUCGAAGUCAGAGACACUUUCGCCUCCAGCGUCUGGGCACGCGAGCAGGAGCGGUACGAGUACGCCGGAGAGGAUAAGAUUCAAAGCAUUUCCGUACAGCGGAGUAAAUGACUACAUGAUCUUCUGCGAGCAUAGCUUUCUGAGUGUUGGCGGAGGCGACGGCCACUAUGGCCUGUGGCUUGACGACAACCUCGAGAACGGCGUGUCGGCGACAUGUCCCACGUUUGGCAACGAGCCGCUGAGCGACGACGGCACCAAGUUCGAAGUCAUGGGCGUAGAGCUGUGGUAUAUUGGUUCCUAA